AUGUCCGCGUACAGGUCAGCAGUAUACUUCGUCAACUGGGGCAUCUAUGCUCGCAACUUCAACCCGCAGGACCUACCGGUAUCGCGACUUACACAUGUGCUCUACGCUUUCGCUAACCUCCGAGCUAAUGGCGAGGUCUACCUCUCUGAUACAUGGGCCGACACAGACAAGCACUACCCGACCGACAGCUGGAACGAUGUUGGCACCAAUCUCUACGGGUGUCUGAAGCAGUUGUAUCUCCAGAAGAAGAGGAACAGGCAGAUAAAAGUACUUUUGAGUAUCGGAGGUUGGACAUGGAGCACAAACUUUCCAGCUCUGGCGUCCACAGCAUCUGGACGUCAGACUUUCGCUCGCACUGCGGUGCAGAUUCUGAAGGAUUGUGGAUUCGAUGGGCUAGAUAUCGACUGGGAGUACCCAACAGACGCUACACAGGCCUCUAACUUUGUCCUGCUCCUUCAGGAAGUUCGCAGUGCUCUCACGUCCUACUCGAAUGACCUACGUUCUCGCUUCCCGGCAGCCCCCAAGUUCCUCCUGACUAUCGCCUGCCCGGCGGGACCUACAAACUACAACCAGUUGAAGGUCAGAGACAUGGACCAGUACCUGGACUUCUGGAACUUGAUGGCCUACGACUAUGCUGGCUCUUGGGAUCAGGUUGCUGGCCACCAAGCGAAUCUUUAUGCAUCAACGAGCAACCCGCAGGCCACGCCCUUCAACACAGAGCAAGCGCUUCGCUUCUACACGUCAAACGGCGUUGCUGCCAAUAAGCUUGUGCUUGGUAUGCCUCUUUAUGGUCGUACUUUCACGAAUGCAGAUGGACUUGGCAAGCCGUACAACGGUACAGGCAAUGGAUCUUGGGAGAACGGCAUUUGGGACUACAAAGUGUUGCCGCAAGCUGGCGCACAAGUUCUGUACGACUCGCAAGCUGGUGCUUCGUACAGCUACGACAGUGGCGCUAGGACGUUGGUGAGCUAUGACACUCCUCAGGCGGCCAGCUUCAAGAUUAGCUACAUCAAGACCAAAGGCCUGGGCGGCGCUAUGUGGUGGGAGGCUAGCGGCGAUCGGCCUGUGACUGACAACAAUAGUCUGAUCAAGACCGUCACCGAUGGACUUGGAGGACUGGAGCAGACCCAGAACAAUCUGAACUAUCCGGACAGUAAGUACGACAAUCUGAGAGGUGGUAUGGUUGCAGUGGGUGCAAGAGGAAGAGCAAAGCUUUGA